AUGGAUCCUUCGACUGAAUCGGCUGACCAAGGCAUUGCGAACAUCAUCUGGGCAAAUCUUGCUGGAGAGACUGCUUCAUCGACGCAUCGGUCGCGAAGCGUAAAGCUUUCAGAAUAUUACGCAAAUCGAUUACAAUCUGGCAGACCUAGAUGCGACGAUGCAGAAGUACGGAGAGCAAUCAAGCAGUUCAAAUCAGAUCCAUUGACAACGAAGAGGUCAAUUCUAAUCGAUCAUGGAGGCAUCGAAGUGGUUCUCGACUGUACCGUGCGACUGAUGUUUAUGACUGCAUGCCAGGUUGAGAGCACCGCACUCGGCAGCUACUAUACACACGAAUGGAAGGAAGAUCAGUCACUGGUGGCUUUCCUCGGACGAGUUUACCGACAGGUAUUUGCUGGAGGAGUACCCGAACAACCAAUAAGUACGACGAAUCUCAGCGCCCAUAUCCUUUCCAAGAAAGCCGGGAUCGAGAUUAGAUCCGCCGAUACGAUGUCGGAUCACCUAUGUUUGAUUCAAGGGGUAGGAUACAAGACAUUGUUGGUAUUCAACCAUCGUACAUUCCUUGAGCACAGUAUAGAAGCUUUGAAGGCCGAUCGGAAGGAUUUGAGUCAUUCUUUUUCGGAAGCUGUAUCCCUUGGCUGUUUACAUCCGAAGCUCCUCGAGGAGACACUCAGAACCCUCGACCUUCUGUUUCCCACAUUCAAUGACCGACGAUCCCGGCGGAUAUUGGAGAAAUGGGUGCAGCGGGAAAAUCUUGAUCCAGCCAUCUUAGAGCCGUGCGACCAUUUGCUUGAUAUAUCAACUAAGUGUGAGACACCAGAAGAUCUUCACGCAUUGUACACGGAGUACCCGCACUGGGCCCCACGGCUGGCCUGUUUGCUGAAGGAGGUCGACGACCCAACCCCGACAACAAGGUGGGAGCGCUACGCAGAUGAGAGAAAAUCCCCUCGGCACAUGUACAAGUGCGCUCUCGCCGCAUUCAUCGUUGCAGCCAUCUUCGGUAUUCUUGCGACGGUGUUGGCAGCAGUACAGGUCUGGAUAUCGUAUUGUGACUGGGUGAACGAUCCGGAGAGGCCCUUGUGCAAGGUGAAGAAGACUUAG